GAGGCUAGUUGUAAGAUGCGCUACAAUUUUCCAAUAUUAGUGAAAGGUUUAAAGUAAAUCUACCAUAAUACUGACUCGCUGCAUCAUGUUCAAGAUUAGAAAUAAAAAUAGCAAUUCUAAGGGAUUUUAUCACACCUGAGCAACAUUAGAAGUAUACUUGACGGAAAUUGGUUGCCCACUCAAGCGCACCAAAACAGAGAAAUGAAGCGAAUAAACACCGUAAGAGCGACGAAGUAGUGCAGUAAAAUGCAGUUUCAGAAAAUAAUUGGUCAUGGCUAUCCUCAGAUUCAGCCGGUAGCAGUUUUCAAUUCCCUUCGAACCUUGUCAACAUCUCAGUUAUUCAAUCACAACAGACCAAGAUAUCGUGAAGCUAAAGUCACUGUAAAUGAAAAAUCUAAGACUAGACGAAAUGCAGCUCGAGAAUUACUUAUAAAGACCAAUCGAAAUGCAUGGGAAAGAGAAAUGGGCCAGUUAGAAAUUCUCAAGGGUCGUAUUCCAACUUCUGAUAUAUACUUAGUGUCUGAAUUCGAACCAAAAAAAUACAGUUUAUCAGAGGCUGUUGAAAUGUUACGGGAAAGUGCUCAACCAGAUAUGUAUGAUUGUAUGGGUAAUGCGGUUAUAGCUAAGGUCACACUAAAUAUGUGUACAAAGAAGAAGACAAAAUUUAUCCCCAAAUUCGAAUGUCAUGUUGUUCUGCCAAACUUAUUAACUUUCAUGCCUAAAUGCCGAGUAUUGGCUAUUUGUCCAGAUUCAGAUAACCCAGAGGACUACUUAAAUGCAGGUGCACUUUAUGCUGGUGGAUCAAAUCUAAUUAAACUCAUAGAACAAGGUCAAUAUCACUGGGAGCAGUAUGAUACAGUUGUAGCACAUCAAAGUUGGGAAACUCGAUUGUUAAAAUUACGAAACAUAUUGAAAGAAAGAUCACCAACUAUCAAAAAUGGUAGAUUAGGUGAAGAUAUGAUCAACCUUUGUUCAACUUACUCGAAUGGUACCAAACUGGCUUCAUCUUCCACUGAGGGCAUCCCAGAAGUUGCAUUUUUGAAUUUAAUUUUGGGUCAGCUCUCAUGGGAUGUCAGUCAAUUGGAGGAGAAUUUACGCAGCUAUUUGCAGUGUAUUGAAUCACAAAAGUCAAGCCGAAUUCAAGGUGAUUUUAUCACGUCAGGAGAAAUUCAUUGUCCACCGACUGGUGAAAGAUUUCUCUUGAAUAUCUCUAACUAUUAUUCACCAACUGAACAUAAUGUUAAAAAGCAUCUCAAACUCAUGACACAGAAGACGAUGAUGAUGUUGAAUCAAAUCCAGUCGUAGCAGAGAGACAGCAGGAAGAACUGCGUGUAUGAAUUUUUUAGGCCUGGAUACCAAUAGUGUAUUGUAAUAUGUAAAUAGUAUCUGUAAAAUAAAUUGUCCUGCCUUUGA